AUGAAUUCCAUAAUUCAAUACUAAUUAUAUUUAAGAAUUGAAAAUGAUGGGGUUUUUAUACUAUCAAAUAAGUAAAUUUAUGAUUAUUAAUUCGAAUACAACAGAAUUAUAUGUGAUUCAUAAAUAUUGUAUUAAAUCAAAGAUAUAAUUUAUUAUUAUAUGAGUGUCCUUGAGAAUGUGAGAUAUAUUAAGAUAUAGAAAAUAGGGGAGGGAGCCUAUGGAAUCAUUUAUAAAGCUCAAGAUGUCUAAACUCAAGAAAUAGUAGCACUGAAGAAAUUUAAGCUAAGUGUAUGAAGAUUAUAUAUUCAAAGGAUUAUGAAGGUGUUCCUAGUUGCGCUCUUAGAGAAAUCUCGAUUUUAAAAUAACUCAAUCAUCCAAACAUUAUAAAGUAAAAAAAUUGGGGAUUAAUUUUAGGUUGAUAUCUUAAAUAAUUAUAAAUAAGAAACUUCAUUUGGUAAUGAACUAUUAUGAUAAGGAUUUGACAGAGUAUUUGAAAUUUUAUCAUGAAGAAUUUCACCUUAAAGUAUAUUCACUAUAAAUUAAUUAAGAAUAUAAUUUAUAAGAUACUAUUGGCAGUGGAAUUCAUUCAUAGUAGGAAAAUAAUUCAUCGAGAUCUUCAACCAAAUAAUAUUUUAGUUAAGAAUAAUGAACCAGUCAUAAUAGAUUUUGGAUUAUCAAGAGUUUUCUCUCCUAAUCUAACUCCAGGAGUAACUUAAUUAUGGUAUCGCGCACCAGAAUUGUUACAAAAUUGUCACUCUUAUGAUUAUGCAAUCGAUAUGUGGUCUCUUGGUUGUAUAAUUUUAGAAAUUGCACUUAAUAAACCAUUAUUUAUGGGUUAGUCUGAAAUCCAUCAACUUCUAUUAAUUAAAAAUCUUAUAGAUGGAGGUAUUAACUAAAUAAUAGUCUUUUAGAUGAAUGGUUUAAGUAAAAUUCCCAGUUUGCAAAAUUCAAUAAUUUGUUUAUUGAUUUAAUCAAUGUAUGUAUUUUUCUCGAAUUUCUAGAAAUUAUUAUAAAUUGAUCCAACAAAACGGAUUACAAGCAAAUAGGCUAUCCAACAUGUAUUAUUUCUUUUUUAUCAUUUAGCCAUUCUUUUAGGAUUAAUUUGCAUUUAUUUACAACAAUGAAUGAUUAU